AACCGUAUAUCAAAAUUUGGACUUCUUAUAUAAUGAGAUUUCCUUUGCUGAAUUAUUAGUUUAACUUUGAAAAUUCAACUUUCAUUCUACAAAGCAAUAAUUGGCCCAAAUUGAAAGAAAAAAUGUAGCUAAUAUCCAUAUGAAAUCAAACAGAGCCCAACCACAAAGAACCAGCAAGAAACAAGAAGGCUGAAAUAAUGGACAAUACCAAGGAUCGUAUUCGUGCCGCAAGUUUGUUCCGUGCUCUUCUUGAAGAUGAACAAAAGGAGGAGAUUCAGAAGCUGAAAGACAGUAAUGAGUUACUUGAAAGAGUUUCAAUUGAUGAAUCAGAUUUGCAUAUUGAUUCAAAUUAUAGAGCUAGAAUUUUCGCCGAGCUGCUCUCCCAACUUUCUCCUGAUUCUGAAUACCCAUCGGUGUUGCUUCUCAAGUUUUUGCAUCGAUAUGAGGAGGUCAUACCUGACGAUGGACAUAGAAACCAAAACCCAGAGAUCGGAGCCUCUGAACAAGUACCUCCCCCAGAGAUUGAAGAAUUGUACGCUUCAACUCCAAGGAAACCGCGUAGAUCACCAAUCGUAGGAGCAUCUCUGUGGCAAGAAUCUGAGCCCUCAGAAUCAGACAGUGAGACAGCAGUUGAGACAGUGCCUCGGUUUGGAGGCAUUGGGACCAAAAGGGAAGUCAAUGAACUCAUACGAAAUCCGCGUUGGACGGAGCUUCACCAAAAACAAAAGGCUGGAGCUUGUGAACUUGUGAUUAUCGUUCCAGAGGAUGAACAUAAGGAAUGGUUAAAAUCCGUGGAAGAGAGUAUCAAUGAACAAGUCCCCAAGUUGCUGAACAAAACAGCUGGUAAGGCCUCCUGUUCCAUCUUUCGAGUGCCUCAAAGCCUGGUGAAAAUUCACCCCGAGGCCUUUAAACCUCAGAUAGUCUCCAUUGGACCAUACCACUAUGGAGCAAAACAGCUAGAGAUGAUUCAACAACAUAAACGACGAUUUCUUGGUGCUGUUCUUGAUCGAACUCAAGAAUUCGGUGUUGGACUGGAUGAAUUUUACAAGGUCAUAGCAAUCGACGAGAAGAAGAUAAGGGAAUGUUAUUCAGAGUCUACUGAUGGAUUUGAUAGCCGCCAACUGAUUGAAAUGAUGAUACUUGAUGGUAUUUUCAUUAUUGAGCUCCUCUGCAUAGUUGGAAAGUUAGUUCAAGAGGAUCCUGAUGACCCUAUAUUCAAGUCGCAGUGGAUAUACUAUUCCAUUUCCAGGGAUCUUCUCAGGCUAGAGAACCAAAUCCCUUUCUUUGUUCUUCGAAAUUUGUUUGAGCGGUCAAUUUCAGCUGAUUCAAGAAAAGGUCUCUCUUUGACAGAACUCAUCUUAAAAUUCUUUCAUCAUUCAAUGCCGGAACAUUAUCGUAAAGUCCGAGAUAGGUUUAAGAAUAACCACGAUUGGAAACAUCUAUUAGACUUUCUUCGCUCUACUUUUAUCCCUUCAUCCCAAGAGAAAGCGUCUAACAAUGAUGAUCUUAGAUUGAUCCAACCUGUCGAGAAGCUCCGUGCAUCUGGGAUCAAGUUCAAGCAAAGCAGUAGGACUGCUACUGAGAGCUUCUUGGACAUUAAAUUUAAACCUCAUGGAGUUCUUGAAAUCCCGUGUUUGAUAACAGAUGAUUUUAUCGGCUCAUUCUUGCUCAAUUGUGUAGCAUUUGAACAAUGCUUCAAAGAUCACUCAAGCCACUUUACGUCAUAUGUUAUUUUCAUGGGCUGCCUCGUCAAUACCACUUUUGAUGCAGGAUACUUGCGGGAACAUGGAAUUAUUGAGAAUUAUUUUGGAACUGAUAAAGAAGUUGUUAAAUACUUCAAUGAGGUAAGCAAGGAUAUUCUUUUCAAUAUCAAAGGGAGUUAUCUAGCAAAGGUGUUUGAAGAAGUUAAUAAGUAUUACAAGAACACCUGGCAUGUUAGAUGGGCAGAAUUCAAGUAUACUUAUUUUGAUAGUCCAUGGGCAUUUAUGUCUGCUUUAGCUGCUCUCAUACUCCUCAUUCUCACCAUGUUUCAGUCUUUCUUUGCUGCCUAUGGGUACUUCAAUCCUCGUCAGGGAAGCAAUUAAAUGGUUUCAGCAAUUUGUGCAAUGCGUGGUUGGCGGUUCUGCUAGCUGUUACAUAUGCAAAAGAAUAAAUUCCCCAUUUCACAACGAGUUCCGGGCAAAUGCUGCUUCUGGGAUUCCAUGUUGAGAUGUGAUUCAAAGGUUGACCAAGUUUUGGGGUCAUGGGUUGUUAGUAGUUUCCGAGAAUUGUGAGUUUGUUUUGGUCAAAUGCAUAGUGGAUUCUGUUGCUAAUAAAACUCUGAUAGUGUAGUGGACCUCCGAAAAUUUUGUUUUUUUAGUUUCCAUGUAAGCCUAUAUAUAGGCACAUCACAAUUGUUUUUUUGGGUACUCUCUGAUAUAAGCAAUAAAGCAUCUGCAAACUUUAUUUCUA